UCUUUUUUUAUGCAGCCAGCAACUGCUAUAUUUUCAACAAUUUAAAAAUAUUUCAACCAUUUAAAUUACUGUAGAAAAAAAUAAUGCCAAAAGUACGUCGCAGUCGUAAGCCGCCCCCGGAUGGCUGGGAAUUGAUUGAGCCAACGCUGGAAGAACUGGAACAGAAAAUGCGGGAAGCCGAAACUGAGCCGCACGAAGGAAAGCGCAUAACAGAGUCCCUGUGGCCAAUUUUCAAGAUACACCACCAAAAGACGCGCUACAUCUACGAUCUGUUCUAUCGCCGCAAGGCCAUCAGUCGUGAACUCUACGACUACUGCCUCAAGGAGAAAAUCGCCGAUGGGAACCUGAUAGCUAAAUGGAAGAAGUCUGGCUAUGAGAACCUGUGCUGUUUGCGUUGCAUACAAACUCGUGACACGAAUUUCGGUACCAACUGCAUCUGCCGUGUGCCCAAAUCUAAGCUAGAGGAGGGACGCAUUGUGGAGUGCGUUCAUUGCGGUUGUCGUGGUUGUUCAGGCUAAUCCCGAUGAGUAGGAUGCUACUAAGGCAACUAUAGGCGCAAAUGUAGUUUUAGAUACGACUAAGCAGAUAACAAAUCAAUAAAAUUCCUCCUUUUUUUUGUGGACUUGUA